GCACGAACGUGGUCGGUCCUCCAUCCUAUGUGUCUUCGGUAUAGUACACGGUUUCGUUUUUACAACUGAUUGAGCAGGAAGAUGAAAUCGAAUUGUUCAUCUUGAUGUUCUAUAUAUGAUUCAUAUAUUCCACCUGCUUGUUUUGGGAUAGAAACAAGGCCAAGCGUUUUUAACGAAACACUGAGUAUGAGGCUUUCAUCUUUGAUGUGAGUUGUAGUUUAUUUCCAAGAAAAAGAACGAAGACCAUGAGCACUCCAGUGUCGUCAUCUCUGGUGCCUAUGGCACACUUUCCGCGUAGCCAAAUGACUACGACUUCUCGACCAAAAGCAAUCGUCAUGGACGAGCCGAACAAUAUUGCAAGAAGUUCUUCCCCGUAUGAUGCCACUCAUUGAGAAAGCAAAUUAGGCGGGGAUGAUGUCGGUCCACCCAAGUAAGAAGGGCCCAAAGAAGGGGAACGACUUUCCCCUAUCGACAUUCUCAAUGAGUGGAAGCAUUCACUGCCACAAUUCUCCCACAAGAACCUGGGACGGGAUGAUUUGGAUUAUUGUCGUCAUGGCAAACCUGGGGAUCCUCCUUGUGGGUUUCCUUCCUGCGUACCUGUGGCAGUGGCGCGAUGAGACUCGCGGAUUCUCAUACUUGUUUAAUGGACUUCCCAGCAAGUCACUUGGGGGAGGUGGAUCAGGUUAUAAUCAUGUUCUUGGUGUUGAUACAGCAGGCUAUGAUCCUUCUAUUAAGGCUUACUCAUGAAGAUAUUGAUGUUCAUGUUCAUGUUCCUACCUAUAGUACCCUGUGAUAGUUGCUACGAAGCAUCUUGGCAAGACGGACCUGGCAAGGGAAAAUCAUGGCUUCCAAGAUGCUCAAUCUCAAAAGUAGACAACGUCUAAUCCUAGUACGAUCCUGAACGGCCAGUCUCCAUGGUUAUUGGGCACGCCGCUUUUUUUGAAGAAUACGACAGCAGCAGGAGGAGAAAUGUCAACAUCGAGUUCAGCUUUUCCCUCUCGAGGAGGCGCAAGAACAGCUGCACUUUCUUCCUCUCCUACUUCUGGAGGUUCUUCCUCUCCUACUUCUGGAGGCUCUUCUCCAGCACUUCUCGCGACAGAACUUGCAGUUACGUCGCGGACGCUUUCCCCGACCACAUUGUCCCUGUUUCAUGAUCAGGAGAAGGAUUUGGGAGUGAAUAAAGCUGAGGUGGCGCGUGCAGCUCACUAUGCGACGUUGAUGCUUGGCACUAAUACUGGGAAUAGGAUGAAUGAUUUGGAGAAGAUCUUGGUGACGAAUGGACGAGUGGUGUCCCCUGAAGCGACGACGACGUCUCAGACCCGAAAACGAGGAGGAGCAAGACUAGCUCAGGUCAUUCUCACAACUACUGCGGAAUCCGGCAAGAAUGUCUUGACCAAAUCGGCUUUAGACAUCAUGUGGCAUGUCUACGAGACCACGACAACUUUUCGGACCAACACAAACAAAAUCCGAUUUACUUACGGCUUCUGAUAGUAUUGAAGAUGAUAAGUAGUUAGUAUCUUCAGUUUUUAUAACUCUCUGUAAGGAAAAGUUUCUGUGCCAAUUAAGUAAGUACCUGCAAGCCGUCUAUGGAAAGGCUAUGUCUAUGAAUUCUCCUUUACUUAGUAGUAAUCGACGACUAGGAGGAAGAUCUUCAGUAUUUAUUUUGAUCUAGACGCAAACUACCGGAUCCCAAGUUACUGAAAGUCUAAGUCAGUGUCUUCAAAACUGAAAAUUUUGAAACUCUUGUCCUUCUUCUUCUAGUUCCCCGGUAAUGUUUGUUUACAACCGAACUACUCUUCUAAUUUAGUGACAGAUCUUUGUUCUUCACCAGACUAUAACUACUCUUCUAAUUAUUCCCCGAUCUUCAUGUUUGUUUACAACCAAACUACGGUUCUAAUUCCCCGAUGUUUGUUUACCAAACUACGUCAAAGCAGAGGACGAUGCUGACGCUCACGCUGAAGGGGACGCCGCCACGUCGUCUAAAAAGGUUCUUUGCGACCUGGGUGAAGAUCAUCUUUUACGCUUCUGGAACUUCGAUAAGUACCGCUUUGACCUCUCUGAAUCGGCAACCGUGGACACGCUACCCAAUGAGUACACCUUUCCCGCGUAUGGGCAUCAAUCUUGGCAGUCGCAAACUAGUACGAAAGCAGCUGCUGCAGUACAUGUACACCGUCCUUCAGUCAUGCUCGGUUUUGAUAAAGUAGAGCAGUCCGCAGAAGCGCUGGUGAUGGAUUUCUUUCUGGAGGAGGCAGAAGACAUGGUUGUAAAACAGACUUCCGAUGCGGAGUUGAUCCUGCGUGAAUGGGAAAAGGAGUGGCUGCGCCACAUGGCUGUGAUUGCUUACGAAAAAAAUGGAGGAAGGAGUUUUUUUAUCGUACGAGACUUACUUUUAUCAUUAUGUUGAUCCAUAUUGUUUUCUUCAUUUUAUUUAGUACUGUGAAAAAGAGAAAAUCUAUGUAGACGACUUCUAUCCAUAUAAUUGGUACUGUGUGAAUGUGUUUAUAUCAUCGGACCACAUGUUGGGUCAUGCUCAUGACAAUCAUCUACUCGGCGAAGUAUUAGAUGAAUCAAUGCUGAAACUGAUAAUAACAAUAAAUCUUAAUCGUCAACAGUGGUAUCAAAGAAUGACCAUCGAUCAGAGGCGCUUGAUGAUGAUGAUGAUGAUGAUCCUCUUCUCCCAUCGUCAUCCCAUCCCUCCAUCGUCAUCCCAUCCCGCCAUCGUCAUCCGAUCCCUCCAUGGUCAUCCCAUCCCUCCAUCGUCAUCCCAUCCCUCCAUGGCCAUCCCAUCCCUCCAUCGUCAUCCCAUCCCUGCUCCAUCGUCAUCCCCUCCCUCCAUCGUCAUCCCAUCCCUCCAUCGUCAUCCCAUCGCGAUCGUAGUUGUCCCAUCGCAUCCUCUCUCUAAACUGCUGAAACGCACUGCGCCGGUACCGGUUAUCGUCUGCUUUUCUUCUCCAGCGGAUCCAGUGUGGAUCUGAGCUUCGAGGAAUCCCUACGGACAGCCACGUGGACAACGGCCUUGAUCUUUGGUGCGACUCUAGUGGUCGUCGUUUUGAUGCUUCUUGUUGUCAUGGUGAAGUGGAGGCUCUUCGGGAAAAGGCUUAUGGGAGCAUCAAGGGGGACAACAAGGGUAAAUGCCGGUAGAAAUGCUACAACAACGUCAUCUAGUUCUUGUUCCACCUCUGCGAUGGGCGCGACGACUGUAACUAGCAAUACGAAUACAAAGAUGCAAGAAGAAGGUCAAGCAGGUGUGACAACGACCAUGAUGAAGAUGGAGGAAGGCGAAGAAGAUGAAACCACGAUGACGAACAUGACGGAGAUGCAGAAAGAAUCGUCCAGAAGAUUAUUAAUGGUAAAAUUAAGGCUGCCACUGCUCAAGUAUGUUGUCCUUAAUACAUAGUAUGUAUGUAUGUAUGUAUGUCCGUAUGUAUGUAUGUAUGUAUGUGCGUUUCUACUUGAAAAAGGGCCCUCCAGGAUUCGGCCAGGGAUGCUAACGCUAAGGGUAACGCGGUACCUUACUAGCUCUAAUAGAAGUCGGGAGCAGCACUUGUGUACAGAAGAUUGUCAUCAACAUUGCGCAAGCCGGAUUGACUACGUUUGUGGGGACAUCUUUGAUGCUGUACUUCCACAUUCCAGUUGUUUGGUUGAGCAACUUCGUCAUUCUGCCUUUCGUCAGUUUCUCACUUGCGACGUGUCGAUUAGGUUACUCGUACUCGGCGUGGAGCAUGAGGAAAAAUUUGGAGUCGUUUGUGCAGAAUUUGCGUGCCCUUCUUCUCGUUGCCGUACUGGCAGCAGUCAACAUCAACGAAAACGAGCACGUUGGGGCGCCUGGUGUGCAGCAUGCUCUUCUUUGUCUAUCAGUGGGUCUCAUCGUGCACAUCUUACUCUUCAACAUCCUCUUUCCAGUGUUGUGGUGCAUCUCGACCCCUGCGAACAAUGCUGGCGUUCCUCUUCCUCUCUUCGUCAAUGGCCAAGAUGGUCAACAAGUCCACGCCUCACCGACUGCAGUAGAGGAUCUAGAGACAACGACCUCUGAAUGUUCGCAUGCAAUUACAUCCUGUUCAACGAGUACUGUUGCGACCACUAGCGGAGCGGCGCUGACGCACUACUCAAAUACUCUUGACGAGGAUGGCAAAACAACAAGUAAAAAAAGUAAUGCAUCCAAGAAGGGAGUAGAGACCACACCCACAGAUGACCAACCAGGAGAAGGAAGGGAAAUGCUCGACGUUGAAAAAGGUGGAGUCUUGGCAGAAGACGAAAAUUUAGGUGUUGUGGAGGGUAUGGAGUUGGGGAUGGAGAAGAUAAACAAUUCUGGAGGCCGUCGGCUUCUUUCUCUCGCUUUUAAUGUCUUGCUGUUCUGCGCUUUCGGUGGUCUCUCAGUAGCAUCUCUUUUGGGACUCGGGAAGUAUCAGAGCGUAGACGGACGACACGGAUCGGGCUCACAAAUGUUAUGGCAAUCAUAGCUUUUAAUUCUGCAUUCAUUUUUCAACGGAGGACAAAGACAAACCUACAGUGCUCCUUCCAAAAAAUCAAUCCUUGACAGCACCCACAACGUCUAUCACCCACAUCAACGUCUUCGUCUAAGAUUUUUGGACUUUCUUCCUGAAGGAGGUGACCGCGUGGCGCGAUCCUUUGUCGAGACCGUUAUAGACCUUCGUUUCCGCGAGAAGUAUCCUCUUCUCUCUCCGCAACUGAGACAUCACUACAACAAGGAGACGUGGUAUUACACUGUCGUGUACGGUCAUCAUGAUGUUCAUGGAGCUUUUUCGUCUUCGUGGUCGCCGGACAAGCUUGUCUCUGACCUCCAACACGUUGUCAUUGGCGGAAACCCGAGUACAACCAAUACGAUCUCAAUGACGUCUCGAUCUUGGUAUCAAGCGUUCCGCGAGUAUGCUCAGCGAGAAAAUAUCAAGGACAGUGAGCUCCUCACUCCGGCAACUUUUGUUAAGGCUCAUCUCCCUAGUCGCUGUUCAGAACAAGCAUCUUCUUGGACGAGACUCCCUUUUUACUUUUAUUUGAUGAUAAAGUAAAAGUAAGAUCUCGAUCUCGUGAUGAACCGUGAUAGUCUUCAGGAAGCAUGGACAUGGAUAAAGGUGAGCUCUAAUUUCGGUACGCAAGUGAAGGCGUUUAUCCAACGUCCUGAAUAUUCCGAGAAAUACGGAUCCGAUGUCCUCUUCCGCGAGCAACGUAGGGUGGAGCCCUCUGGAGUAAUGUUCACAGAUUACAUUGUGGCAGCAUCCAGAUUCCAUUUCAGCGUAGAGUGGACAGAGGCAGAAGCCGUGGCAGAAGUAGAUCAACGAUUAAGACAAUGGGCAAAGGCGACCUUGCAGGAAGAAGACAACCAGCACAGUUCCGGAAGAACAACAGCCUCGUCGUCGUCGAUAUCUUCUUCCUCAACAUCUUCCUCCUCAUCGGGUGAAGUUCACGAAAUCGUGAAAUUCUUCAAACCUCAAAAGUCUUCAAUUACUCCACUGUCAGAGACGAGUCGUGAUUUGCGAACCUAUCUCCUCGAGCACGUGUUUUGGGUAGUGGUGGUCUUGUUCUCCUUUGCCUGCUUCUGGCACACAGUACUGGCCACGUUUUUCAUGAAAGAAGGACAUAGUUGUAUGAAGAACAGCCUGGGUCGGAUUUACCAUGCUUCGGCGGUCGUUGAUGAGCUUGAAGAUGUCGCUGGUCCGCAGGUGAACGGACUGAAAAAGAAAAUCCAUUUUUCUCAAGGACAACAGCAACUUAAUCAACUACAACUCGGAAAGAUAACAACCGAUUUGUUGGUGCCCAUUCUUACUGCAGUGCAGGUUUUGGGAGUCGCAGUGGUAAUUUUGGACACUUCUACCAAUGCGUUUGUGGUCCUUGCUGCACUCAUCUCCCUUCUUCUCGCGGCCUCUGCUUGUAGCAAUAGUACAGCAACUGGAUCUGGAAGUGGAAAGGCCCAUACAACUAGUACUGGUACUGUAACAAAUGUAACAAAUACCACUUCUUCUAGUUCUGGACAGCAUUUUCUUCCUACGCUGUUAGCAAUGAGUAUGGUUCUGUCGACAAUGGUGGUCACGUCAGCGGGAGUGCCAGUGUUGCGUCACUUCGCGGCUCUCGUUACUUGUGGCGUUCUCUUUUCACAGAUAAAUGUAAAUCUUCGAGUCGCACAGAUGACUCUUCGAGUCAUGGACACUGCUGCUUUGCAAUGUAGUGGGAUUAGAAUUGUCUAGAAGAUGAAAGAGAAAGAGGACAGUAAGUAGUAACUAUUAACUCUAGUAUUUUCAUGCAUGAUGUAGAUGUUGAUGAUAUGUAAUAAUAGAGGACUCAAUUAUAUUGGAAUAGAUUCUGUACUAUAUGUUAAGGUUAACAAGUACUUCAUCCUUCGGGAACAUCCAUUCCCUCCAUUGUUCACAUCAAUGCACUACAACGUUUUUUGUUAUUCACUACCUCUUUCCGAUACCAUCAAUAGAGGAGACUGCCAUGAUGAUGAAGGGUCGACGUCGACUCUCUAACCGCUAGAAUAGACAAUGACAAGCAAAUAUGAACUGUAAAAGUUGAACGUGCAAGAAAGUAAACUUUUUUUUUUGGGUUGAAGUCAAGAAUGUAUGCAGCAGAGUUGUAUGAUCCUCAUCUUCUUCGGUGAGUAAAGUGCUAUGAUGUGGUUGUAGUGAUUGAGAACUUGUAUUUAUUUGAGCUAGUCUUUUCGACAUUGGACGACUCUCCUGACAUCCUUAAAUAAACGUAUCCGAGAAACAAUGAAAAUGAACUCCAUCAGCCGUACUAAUA